GCACCCCCACCACCAGUCCAUCCAGGCCCCAGUCCAGCAAACCAAAAGAGAAUCACCUUGAAAACAACACAGGGCAAAAGUGCAGGGUUCGCCGGAAAGUGGGCCACCAAAAUCAACAAGUCGUAAAUUAGCAGUUAAAAUUACAAAAAAAAAUCAGAACCGUAUCGAGACCCACUCCCAGGAAGUAGUAUAUCCAAUCUAGGGGCAUGGCGAGACGCAAGAACAAGCCGCGCCUCAUACCCGAGCAGGACAAGCGCAUCUGUCGUGCCAUUUGCCUUUGCCAGCUGACGAUGGUGCUCUCCUGCGUGUCCAUUGUCUAUCUCAGCGUGGCCAUCUAUUCACCCUCCAUGAAAGCCUUCAAGUCCGGCUUCGAGCUGGAUCCGGUCAUGUGUCAGACCGUGGACCGUCAGAUGCCCAACAACUGCCCCUGGGCCUCGUGCGGCGAGUGGUGUCUGACCCGCACCAGUGGCUUCUGUCCACAGAUACACUCAGUGGUGCGUCGAAAUGGCACUGACAUUCAGCUAAACAACUGCACGCGGGUGACCAACACCUCCUGUGCCAUGAUUGACAUGAGUCGCCUGAACAAAUUCAACUGCAACAAUGGCACCGCCUGCAACAACAUACGCGGAGUGUUCAACUGUUCUAAUGGUCACUGCAAGAACAUGUCGGAGUUCUUUUUGUGCCAUCACAAGGCGGAUGGACCAACGAUAAACUCUGCCAAGGACAACACCAAGCUGAAUGGUUUCUUCGAAUGCCAUGGCGUACACUGCACAAAGAUCAAGAAGCCCUUCGACUGUGAUCGGUACUGCUCCAAGAUAACCACAGCCAAUGUCAACACGUUGAUCAUGCAUGAGGAUAAUGUCAUUGCAGCGGAUUGCGAGAAUGCCGUGGCCUUUAAUCAGGCACGUGGCUCCGAGCACGGUGUACGCAUCGAUCCGGUGGAAAUUUGGAAAGAGGACGAUGGCAACCUGUUGACCAACUGCGCCACAGUCACUCGCGAGUCCGACAAUCGCAUCACUGCCACGGAUUGCCUGAAUGGCACUCUGCUAGCGCACGAUACGCUGCCAGCUCCCUUCAUGAACUUUACGCAGUUCUGGGCCAUCUAUGAGAACAGCACAAGAGCCGUGGAUCCCGAGCACCAGCGAUAUCUGCCAAAUCAGGCAAAUCUCACCAUUUACAACUGGAAGAAACUGUACAUCAACCUCGAGGGCUGCGUCAAUACGCUGCGGGGCGAGUGCAAGGACUUUGUGGCUCGCUAUGGCAACGAUGGGGACAACAACACCGCCCAGUCACGCUAUCAGUGUUAUUACAACAAGGAUGCGAAUGUGGAGUUUGUGGUGGCACGCUACGAUCUGGAUAAGGUGUACAGGGAGCUAGUGGUCUCGCUGAUUGUUCCCAUUGUGCUGUUUGUGAUCUCCUCCAUUUCCCUCUGCAUCAUCACAAAGUCCGUCAAGGUGGGCGACGAUGCCAAAAUGCGCUGCGUCUGUGCCGGCGAUGAGUCGGAAGAUGAUGUAUUCGGAGCGGGGCCAGCGGGCAAGCAACCCGAACAAAUGUACGACACAGAUGACGAUGUGGUGGACUUGGAGCACCAGGCAGUGGGUGGCCAGGAGCUGGAAGAUAUUGUUGGUCUACCGCUCGACAGCCACGAAAUGAUUGGCAGCACCAAGUCCCUGAUACCCCUGAGUCCCACUGGGGACUCCAACACGAGUGAGCAGCACUUUGACGAGGACCAAGAGAAGGCGGCCAAGUGCGAUGUGCCCGAGAAGCCGCUGGUUAUCCUCUAAUGGGAGAACUCGAUGAGAACUGGGUCCAUGCUUGGAUCCGUAUAUAAAACAGCACCAAAACUUUAUGUGGGAACUGAAGAUUCGAUUAGAUUCUAUUCGGGGCAUUUAUACAACGUUUAUAGGAAAUCCUAAACAGAAUAGAACCUUGGCUUUUCAUGAAUACAUAUAGAUACAUACAUAUGUAUAUAUUAUAGUGGAAACGCACACAAUGUACUUGUACUUAUACUACAUAGAACCGCGAACCGAUCGAAGGAACAAGAGCUUUAUUUACCUGACAACUCCCCCACAACACAACACACUGAGAAAAACCCCCACUGCAAUCCCAAAGCUCGCAGUUGGUUCUGGUGCCUUAAGAGUUGCAUUUAAAAGACACCAAAUGGAAUUUACAUUUACCCACCAAACCCAACAUCAGCUGAAGUACCAAAAAAGGAACUAGGAACUCGAACUAGACACUCGGAACUAGGAACUAGGAACAUGAACAGUAGAAAUAGUAGCUCCCUCUUGCGAGCGGAGCUGUGUUUACUUUAUGACAAAGCCAGAACAGACCAAGAAGGAAAAUCUUCUCUAGACUUUUCGUUAAACUAGUUUCGAUCUUUUUUGAUUGCCUAUACACACUGGGAAGUAACUAAACUCGUAGAUACAUA